AUGGAAACCAUUACGUUCUUCAUUUCUCUGCUAGUUCUCUUUGCUUCUCUUUACUAUUUCUUCUGUAAAAUUAUUCCUAGCCCCAGGCAACAAGUAGCAGGAUAUCAACUGCCGUUGGGAAGCACAGGUUGGCCCAUCAUUGGUGAAACCCUCGAGUAUCUAAGCACAGCCAGAGACGGUGUGCCUGAGAAGUUUAUAGCAGAUAGAAGGAAGAAGUACUCUGAUGUCUCGGCAUCAUCGGCUGCAGCCACAGAAGGCUCGUGCAAGGCAUUGACACGUGCUAGGGUACCCAUAGUAAAGCUUAUGGAUCCUGUCACUGGAAUCUCCUGCGAUAUAUGCAUCAACAAUGUUUUGGCUGUGGUAAACACAAAGCUUCUUCGUGAUUAUGCAAAUAUAGAUGCAAGAUUACGACAAUUGGCUUUUAUUGUAAAACAUUGGGCCAAGUCCAGAGGAGUCGAUGAAACUUAUCAUGGAACCUUAUCGAGCUAUGCGUAUGUUUUGAUGUGUAUUCAUUUCUUACAACAGCGGAGACCUGCUAUUCUUCCCUGCUUACAGGGAAUGCGGGCAACAUACUCUGUCACUGUAGAGAACAUUGAAUGUGCUUUCUUUGAUCGAGUAGACAAGCUUCAAGAUUUUGGAUCCCAUAACAGGGAAACUAUUGCUGAACUCGUGUGGGCAUUUUUCAAUUACUGGGCAUAUAGUCAUGACUACGCAAAUACUGUCAUAUCUGUUCGCAGGGGAAGAACAAUCAGCAAGCGGGAAAAGGACUGGACAAGGAGGAUUGGAAAUGACCGGCAUUUGAUAUGCAUAGAGGAUCCGUUUGAGACAUCCCAUGACCUGGGACGAGUUGUGGACAAGCACAGCAUAAAAGUUUUGAGGGAGGAGUUUGAACGUGCGGCUGAGAUAUUGCAGUAUGAUGCGAAUCCCUGUGUGAAGCUCUUUGAACUGUAUGUUCCUAGCGUAUUACCUUUUCACUAGUUCUCUUUUUUAAUUUAUUGUUUACUAGUUGAGCAGAAUUUGGUUGCAAGUACGGUCAAGUGUGCUACUUAUGUAAAGUACGUUGUUACCAUAGUUUCAUCGUCGUUUGUUAUGUGUAUAGCAUUUUUAAUGUUUUAGCCUGUUAUUUACACGAGUAAUUUUAUUUACCC